AUGGAAACGCUUAUUUUGUCGACAGAGCAGCAGACUCAAGCUACGCCGAUUGCUCCAUCCAAUGUACAGGAUAGUGAUUGCUUUUCAAAGGACACCACGCUAUCUGGGACCCCUGUUCCAAUCACGCCAUUACAAGAACGCGUUGUAAUUAAUGAUAGAGCCCAGGCCUCCUCAGGAACAUUACUGAAUGGACAGCAAGCCAUCACUUCUCAAAUCCACCAAGAAGCAGACGAAAUUGACCUGGAGGGUCACUAUGUCGGGCCGUCUUCUGGAGUGGCCUUCUUGCUUCGCGUGCAAAAAAGACUACAUGAAAAUCUUAGGUUCUCACCAUCAGAACUUAUUUUUAAUUUUGGUGACGCUCCAUUCCCCAAUUGCGACCCGCAGUUUCUAGUACUUCCGCCGAUUGAUGAAGCUCUUGUCUUGGUCAAUAGAUAUUUCGAGUUCUCUUUCCCUACUCAUCGCUUCCUGCACCAGGCAACAGUGGAACAAUGGGUUCAUUUAUUUUACUCGGGAAUCCAGGGAGUAAAUGACAAUGUCAGCCGAGCAAUCAAGGCAUUGAUAUUAAUGGUGAUAGCCCAAGGGAAGCAAAAUUCUUCUGGUAUGGAAACGACAGCUGGCCAAUCAGUCAACAGUAAUGCCUAUUUCGCGGCCGCUGAGAACCAUUUAUCACAAGAAAAGGGCCCUGUCAAGCUCACAAGUAUCCAGGCCCGCUUAGCUCAGUGCUUUUAUCUUCUCUCGGAAUCACGAAUGAACCACUGCUGGAGUCUUUUCGGAACUACGGCUCGUCUUGCGCAUGCUAUUGGACUAAACAGACGAAGGAGACGGGAGAUUAUUACAGACUAUGUGGAAGAGGAAAGCAGAAAGAGAGUAUUUUGGUGUGCCUACGUGCUAGACAACUACAUGAGUGGAGCUCUGGGUCGACCAAAAGUUUUUCACGACGAGGACAUUGACCAGGAGCUUCCAGCUUGUGCGAAUGACUCGCAGAUUUUGCAACAUACGAUUCUUCCUUCUCAAUCGCCAAGACAAAGCCUGAUGCUGGCCUCAAUAUACCAUGCAAAGCUAUCUCGAUUAAUUAGCGGUAUCCUACGCGAUCUCUAUGGAAUCCAGCAAAAGCCCCUCAUCUUACAAGCAGAACUUGCGCAAAAGUAUGAAAGCCAGCUAGCAGAAUGGAGAGCAGGAAUUGCCAAUUUUCUCGACACCUCCAAUGUCGAGCUGCUUCAAAUAACUUUCCAAAGGCAGUUCAGUGUUUUGUUCCUGGCAUUUGAGCACGCUAAAAUUCUUCUCUAUCGACCCUUUCUCCUUCGAAACCUAGCAUCUCUGGGAAGAGAAAGAAGUACUGGUCAUUCAAAUCUGCAGGAGAUGAUUGCAAAGUUUGUGACAACAUGCGUUGAGGCUGCUAUCAAGACAGUGGGGAUGUUUAAAGAUCUUUGUCAGACUAGGCGAAUGUAUAAAUCAUUCUGGUUUACACACUACAACGUCUUCUGCGCCAUCGUGGUGCUAUAUGUACACGUCAUUCAGAGCUGGUCGGAGCCAGACAGUGAAUACAAAUAUUAUCUCACGAUCGGAGAAGAGGCCCAGCUUGAACUUGCAAAAUGCGGAUCCCAAACAUCGUUUGCUCAGCGAUAUGUUGUUGUGCUAGAAGAACUGCGAAAGGAGGCGCGCAAGAUAACAGGGGAUCGUCCGGGCCAGAGCGAAUUGUUGAGUAUAACUCCGAGUGAAGAUGUCGCUGAAGCUGCCAUUCGACAACACGCCGAAAGAGAGACACUUCAGCACGCACAUGAUCAGGAGCAUCAAGAUCUAGAUGGUUGGCUUUCCGAGAUGGCCCAGGAUACCAGCCCAGCGUCAUAUCUUGCGGACAUGACUAGUUGGGGGGGAUUUUGA